AUGGCAUUCUUUAUUGCCAUCCCUUGGCUGCUGCUGCGGGACGGCUGCCUGCGCUGCGACGCCGACGGGCUCUGCAGCCUGUGCUACCACCCGGCGCUCAACGCCAUCCUGGCCGUGACCGCGCGCGGCGCCAUCAAAGUCAUCGACGGCACCUCGGGGGCCACGCUGCAGGCGUCGGCGCUCGGCGCUAAACCAGGUGGACGGGUGAAAUGUCAGUAUAUUUCUGCUGUGGAUAAAGUGAUCUUUGUGGACGAUUAUGCAGUAGGAUGUAGGAAAGAUCUCAAUGGCAUCUUACUGUUGGACACAGCCCUGCAAACGCCUGUUUCAAAACAAGAUGACGUGGUUCAGCUUGAAUUGCCAGUUACAGAGGCUCAGCAGCUGUUAUCUGCUUGCAUAGAAAAAGUAGAUGUUUCUAGCACAGAGGGAUAUGAUUUGUUCAUCACACAACUGAAGGAUGGCUUAAAAAAUACCUCACAUGAAACAGCAGCAAAUCAUAAAGUUGCAAAGUGGGCAACGGUUACGUUCCACCUUCCUCAUCAUGUUUUGAAGUCUGUCGCCAGUGCCAUUGUAAAUGAACUCAAGAAGAUAAAUCAAAAUAUUGCUGCCUUACCUGUAGCAUCCUCUGUGAUGGAUAGGUUAUCUUACCUCUUACCCAGCGCACGACCAGAGCUUGGUGUGGGACCUGGGCGAUCUGUGGACAGGUCUUUGAUGUAUAGUGAAGCUAACAGACGGGAGACAUUCACUUCAUGGCCUCAUGUGGGUUAUCGGUGGGCACAGCCAGAUCCUAUGGCUCAAGCUGGAUUCUAUCACCAGCCUGCUUCAUCAGGAGAUGACAGAGCCAUGUGCUUUACCUGUAGUGUGUGCUUGGUGUGCUGGGAGCCUACAGAUGAACCUUGGUCUGAACAUGAGAGACAUUCCCCAAACUGCCCAUUUGUCAAGGGUGAGCACACUCAGAAUGUACCUCUUUCGGUCACACUGGCAACAAGUCCAGCACAAUUUCCCUGCACAGAUGGCACUGACAGAAUAACCUGCUUUGGAUCUGGAAGUUGCCCUCAUUUUCUAGCUGCUGCAACAAAACGAGGAAAGAUCUGCAUAUGGGAUGUUUCCAAACUUAUGAAGGUCCACUUAAAAUUUGAAAUCAAUGCAUAUGAUCCUGCUAUUGUGCAGCAACUUAUGUUAUCAGGAGAACAGAGCUCAGGGGUUGACUCAAGGAGACCAACACUGGCAUGGUUAGAAGAUUCCUCUAGCUGCUCAGACAUACCAAAACUAGAAGGAGACAGUGACGACCUACUGGAGGAUUCAGACAGUGAAGAGCAUUCCAGAUCGGAAUCUGUUACAGGGCAUACAUCACAAAAAGAAACUAUGGAAGUCAGCCUUGAUAUAACAGCUCUCAGUGUUCUUCAGCAACCUGAAAAACUUCAGUGGGAAAUUGUUGCAAAUGUCCUGGAGGACACAGUUAAAGAUCUAGAAGAACUUGGGGCAAAUCCCUGUUUGGCCAACUGUAAGAGUGAAAAGAUGAAGGAAAAACAUCUAGAACAACACAACAUUCCCUUUCCUUGUUUAUUAGCUGGAGGUCUAUUAACAUACAAAUCGCCUGCUACCUCUCCCGUAAGCAGUAACUCUCAGAGAUCACUGGAUGGCCUAAGCAGGACUCGAGGUGAGAGUGUCUCGGAACAGGGAUCAACUGACAAUGAAUCCUGCACUAAUUCAGAACUGAAUUCACCUCUGGUAAGGAGGACUUUGCCUGUAUUGCUGCUGUACAGCAUCAAGGAGUCUGAUGAAAAAGCUGGAAAACUCUUUUCACAGAUGAACAAUAUUAUGAGUAAAAGUAUACAUGAUGAUGGUUUCACAGUUCCACAAAUCAUUGAAAUGGAACUGGACAGUCAGGAACAGUUGCUGUUACAGGAUCCCCCUGUGACUUACAUUCAGCAGUUUGCAGAUGCUGCAGCCAACCUGACAUCUCCGGACUCGGACAAGUGGAGCUCUAUGGUUCCCAAGCCUGGGACUUUGGUUCAGUGCCUGCGUCUGCCCAAGUUUGCAGAGGAGGAGAACCUGUGUGUAGAUUCAAUCACACCUUGUGCAGAUGGAAUUCAUCUGUUAAUAGGACUGCGGACUUGUCCUGUCGAAUCUCUGAGUGCAAUAAAUCAAGUAGAGGCCUUGAAUAAUUUAAAUAAAUUAAACUCGGCACUAUGUAAUAGAAGGAAGGGGGAACUAGAAUCAAGUCUUGCUGUAGUGAAUGGCACAAGUAUUGAUGUAAUCCAGCAUGAGUCACCAGCAGAUGUACCAACUCCUUUAAUAAUUCAGCCUGAACAGAGAAGUGUUAGUGGUGGAUACCUAGUGCUUUAUAAGAUGAAUUAUGCCACUAGAAUAGUUACUCUAGAGGAGGAACCAGUAAAAAUCCAGCAUAUCAAAGACCCCCAAGACACAAUUACCUCAAUGAUUUUGCUCCCACCAGAUAUAUUGGAUAAUCGAGAGGACGACUGUGAGGAGCCUGUAGAGGAAAUACAAUUAACUUCUAAAAAUGGCAAUGGGAGAGAGAGAAGAUCUGAGAUCUCUACUCUUGGGCACCUGGUAAUAACUACUCAGGGAGGAUAUGUUAAAAUACUAGAUCUUUCAAACUUUGAAAUUCUGGCCAAAGUGGAGCCACCUAAAAAAGAGGGCACUGAGGAACCAGAUAUGUUUGUCUCUGUGAUAUACUGUUCGGGCACAGACAGAUUAUGUGCGUGCACCAAAGGUGGAGAACUUCAUUUCCUUCAGAUUGGAGGGACCUGUGAUGACAUCGAUGAAGCUGAUAUACUUGUAGAUGGAUCCCUUUCCAAAAGUGUAGAACAGUCAUCAGAAGGCACCAAGCCCUUAUCCAACCCUUCUAGUCCCGGCAUUACAGGAGUUGAUCUUUUGGUGGACCAGCCAUUCUCUCUUGAGACACUGACAUCCCUGGUGGAACUGACCCGUUUUGAGACCUUGACACCACGGUUUUCAGCCACUGUCCCUCCCUGUUGGGUGGAAGUCCAGCAGGAACAGCAGCAAAGGCGACACCCUCAGCAUCUGCACCAGCAGCACCAUGGGGAUGCAGCUCAGCACACUCGGACUUGGAAGCUACAGACGGACAGCAACAGCUGGGAUGAGCAUGUCUUUGAACUGGUUCUACCAAAAGCCUGUAUGGUCGGACAUGUGGACUUCAAAUUUGUUUUGAAUUCAAACAUCACAAAUAUUCCCCAGAUUCAAGUGACUUUACUGAAAAAUAAAGCUCCAGGCUUAGGGAAAGUCAAUGAAGCAGCAGUAGAUAGACAGAUCGCAUUUCCUUUAUCUCCAGCUCAUAAUAUUGAAAUGGAGAGAAAUGGAAAACCAGGACUGGUGGAAUUCAGUGAAGAAAUGCAGUAUAUGGAUGUAGAGGAACCACAAUGUCUUAGAUUGUGUCCAUUUCUGGAGGAACACAAGGAGGAUAUUCUUUGUGGUCCAGUAUGGCUGGCUACUGGACUUGAUCUAUCAGGCCAUGCUGGAAUGUUGACACUAACAAGUCCAAAGCUUGUUAAAGGCAUGGCUGGUGGCAAGUAUCGUUCAUUUUUAAUUCAUGUCAAAGCAGUGAAUGACAGAGGAACAGAGGAAAUCUGCAAUGGUGGCAUUAGACCAGUGGUUAGGAUACCUCCUCUAAAACCUCAGACCAACAAGGGCCAUUCACUUGCUUCAUUGUUGGCAAAAGUUGCAGCAGGCAAGGAAAAGCCAUCUAGCAAAAUUGAAGCCACUACUUCUUCAAGAAAAUCAGAUAAUCUGCGAGGCUGUGACUUACUUCAAGAAGUCUCUGUUACAAUUCGAAGAUUUAAAAAAACUUCAAUUUCAAAGGAAAGAGUUCAACGGUGUGCCAUGUUACAGUUUUCAGAGUUCCACGAGAAGCUGCUCACCACUCUUUGCAAGAAGACAGAGGAGGGUCUGACUACAGAACAUGCUCAGAGUCUAGUACUCGACACUCUUUGUUGGUUGGCCGGAGUGUAUUCAAAUGGCCCUGGCAGCUCAAAGGAGGGAAAUGACAGUUUGCUUUCUAAAACACGUAAAUGCGUCUCUGAUAUUAUACGUGUUUGCUUCUUUGAAGCUGGGAGGAGCAUAGCUCACAAAUGUGCACGAUUUCUUGCACUAUGCAUCAGCAAUGGCAGGUGUGACCCAAGUCAACAGGGGUUUGGAUCAGUUCUUCUAAAAGCUUUACUCGACAAUAUGCCUCUUUUGCCUGCUGCUGCCACAGGUGGAUCUGUGUAUUGGUAUUUUGUAUUGCUGAACUAUGUAAAGGAUGAAGAUUUGGCAGGAUGCAGUACAGCUUGUGCAUCAUUGCUGACUGCGGUGUCCCGGCAGUUGCAGGAUCGCCUAACACCGAUGGAAGCAUUACUUCAAACAAGAUAUGGAUUAUACAGUUCACCUUUUGAUCCAGUUCUGUUUGAUUUGGAAAUAUGUGGCUCUUCUUGUAAAAAUGUAUACAACAGCAGUAUUGGAGUACAGUCAGAUGAAAUUGAUUUGUCUGACGUUCUAUCAGGAAAUGGGAAAAUAAGCAGCUGUGCAGCUGCUGAAGGUAGUUUUACUUCCCUUACUGGACUUCUGGAAGUUGAACCUCUGCACUUUACCUGUGUUUCAACAAGUGAUGGAACUAGAAUAGAAAGGGACGAUGCAAUGAGUACCUUUGGGGUUACCCCAGCAGUUGGUGGCCUCUCUUCUGGAACAGUUGGGGAAGCCUCGACAGCACUGAGUUCAGCAGCCCAGGUAGCUUUGCAGUCUCUCUCUCAUGCAAUGGCCUCAGCCGAGCAACAGCUCCAGGUGCUGCAAGAGAAACAGCAGCAGCUUUUGAAGCUUCAGCAACAGAAAGCAAAGCUGGAAGCAAAACUGCAUCAGACAACAGCAGCAGCGGCAGCAGCAGCAUCAGCAGUUGGUCCUGUUCACAACUCCGUGCCUUCUAAUACAGUAGCGGCUCCAGGGUUCUUCAUUCAUCCUUCAGAUGUCAUUCCACCAACACCAAAAACUACUCCUCUCUUCAUGACUCCACCUUUGACUCCACCUAAUGAAGCGGUUUCUGCUGUUAUUAAUGCAGAACUUGCUCAGCUUUUUCCUGGUUCAGUCAUUGACCCCCCAACAGUUAACCUUGCAGCACAUAACAAAAAUACAAACAAGUCUAGAACGAAUCCACUUGGAUCUGGCCUUGCUCUUGCAAUAUCUCAUGCUUCACAUUUUCUUCAACCUCCACCUCAUCAGUCAAUUAUUAUAGAGCGAAUGCACUCAGGAGCAAGAAGAUUUGUGACCCUGGAUUUUGGAAGACCUAUAUUACUGACAGAUGUAUUGAUUCCCACUUGUGGAGAUUUGGCUUCUUUGUCCAUCGACAUCUGGACUUUAGGAGAAGAAGUGGAUGGAAGGCGACUGGUAGUGGCUACUGACAUUAGUACACAUUCACUUAUUUUACAUGACUUGUUGCCGCCCCCAGUUUGCAGGUUUAUGAAGAUCACUGUUAUCGGUCGAUAUGGUAGCACAAAUGCUAGAGCAAAAAUCCCAUUAGGAUUUUAUUAUGGCCAUACCUAUAUCCUACCCUUUGAAAAUGAGCUGAAACUAAUGCAUGAUCCCCUCAGAGGAGAAGGCGAAGCAGCAAAUCAGCCAGAAAUUGAUCAACAUUUGGCAAUGAUGGUUGCAUUGCAAGAAGACAUACAGUGCAGGUACAAUUUGGCCUGUCAUCGGUUAGAAAUCCUUCUGCAGAGUAUUGACCUGCCACCACUCAAUAGUGCUAACAAUGCCCAGUACUUUUUGAGAAAACCAGACAAGGCAGUGGAGGAAGACAGCAGAGUAUUUUCUGCUUACCAGGACUGCAUUCAGCUGCAGCUUCAACUCAACUUGGCUCACCAUGCUGUUCAGAGACUCAAAGUAGCUUUAGGUGCAAGCAGGAAAACACUGAAGGAACAAUCUGAUCCCAAAGAGUUGAUUCAGAUGUCAUCCACAGAACAGUUACGCACCAUCAUUAGAUACUUACUGGAUACUUUGCUCAGUUUGCUGCAUUCAUCCAAUGGGCACUCAGUUCCUGUGGUUCUGCAGAGUACCUUUCAUGCUCAAGCUUGUGAAGAGUUAUUUAAACACCUGUGUAUCAGUGGAACCCCCAAGAUACGAUUGCAUACUGGCCUUCUGCUUGUUCAGCUCUGUGGAGGUGAAAGGUGGUGGGGUCAGUUUCUCUCAAACGUACUACAGGAAUUAUACAAUUCAGAACAACUUCUCAUAUUUCCACAAGACAGGGUCUUCAUGUUGCUUUCUUGCAUUGGCCAAAGAUCGCUUAGCAACAGUGGUGUUUUAGAAAGUUUACUUAAUCUUCUGGAUAACCUGCUGUCACCACUGCAACCUCAUUUACCUGUGCACAGAAGAACUGAAGGAGUUUUAGAUAUUCCCAUGAUCAGUUGGGUUGUAAUGCUGGUGUCCAGACUACUGGAUUACGUAGCUACUGUUGAAGAUGAAGCAGCCACAGCCAAGAAACCUCUGAAUGGAAAAGAGAGGGAACGAUUUUUGACAGGAAACCAGUGGAGUUUUAUAAAUAAUAGCCUUCACACUCAGAGUCUGAGCAGAUCUACUAAAGGCAACAGUAGCCUCGAUAGACUGUAUUCCCGAAAGAUCAGAAAGCAGCUUGUGCAUCAUAAACAGCAACUUAACUUAUUAAAAGCAAAACAGAAGGCUUUGGUGGAACAGAUGGAAAAAGAGAAAAUACAAAGCAACAAAGGAUCAUCAUACAAACUUUUAGUAGAACAGGCAAAACUAAAGCAGGCUACUUCAAAGCACUUCAAGGACUUAAUACGCUUGCGUCGAACUGCAGAAUGGCCUCGUUCUUCUUUAGAUACGGAAGUAUCAACAGCAAAGGAAACUCCAGAAAUUGAACCACUUCCCUUUACACUGGCACAUGAACGUUGCAUUUCUGUAGUGCAAAAGCUGGCACUCUUUCUCUUGUCCAUGGACUUUACUUGUCAUGCAGAUUUACUUCUUUUUGUUUGUAAGGUUCUUGCUAGAAUUGCAAAUGCUACAAGACCAACAAUUCAUUUAUGCGAGAUUGUAAAUGAGACUCAAUUAGAACGAUUAUUGCUGCUUCUUGUUGGAACUGACUUUAACAGGGGAGACAUCUCUUGGGGAGGAGCAUGGGCUCAGUAUUCUCUGACUUGUAUGCUACAGGAUAUUCUAGCAGGAGAGUUGUUGGCACCUAUAGCAGCUGAAGCUAUGGAAGAGAGUGCUUUGGGAGAAGAUGCUGGAGCUUCGGCUGGAGAUUCUGAUGACUCUCUCCAGCAGUCCACAGUGCAGUUAGUGGAAACCAUAGAUGAGCCUUUGACACAUGACAUCACAGGUGCCCCACCCUUGUCAUCAUUGGAAAAAGAUAAGGACAUUGAUCUUGAAUUGCUGCAAGACCUGAUGGAAGUCGAUAUUGAUCCUUUAGAUAUUGAUUUGGAAAAGGAUCCCCUUGCAGCCAAAGUCUUCAAGCCUAUAAGCAGCACCUGGUACGAUUACUGGGGUGCUGAAUAUGGCACCUACAAUUACAAUCCUUACAUUGGUGGUGUUGGAAUUCCAGUUGCAAAACCACCCGUAACUACAGAGAAAAAUGGAUCACAAACUGUCAGCAUAUCAGUCUCUCAAGGACAAGAAAUUAUUACAGCAAUAUCUAUGUGUUUUAAGCUGAAAAUGAUGUCCACACUGGAGGCUGAUUCCAUUUUACAAGCAUUAACAAACACAUCUCCUACAUUGACACAGUCUCCCAGUGGCACAGAUGAUUCAUUGCUGAGGGGAUUACAUGCUGCUAACCAAAAUGCCCAGCUGAUUGUGCAGUUGUCAUCUAUACCUAUGCUGAGCACAUGCUUCAACAAACUCUUUUCCAUGCUGCAAGUCCACCAUGUUCAGCUUGAAUCUCUGUUGCAGCUGUGGCUCACAUUAAGCCUGAAUUCCAGCUCCUCUGGAAGUAAAGAUAGUGGUGCUGAUAUUUUCCUUUACAAUGCUAACCGAAUACCUGUUGUUUCCCUGAACCAAGCUUCAGUAACUAGCUUCCUGUCAGUUCUGGCAUGGUAUCCUAAUACUUUACUCCGGACAUGGUGCCUUGUGCUUCACAGCCUAACGCUCAUGACAAAUAUGCAGCUUAAUGCUGGUCCAAGCAGUGCCAUUGGAGCUCAGGAAAGUACUGCCCAAUUGUUGGUGUCAGAUCCCAACCUAAUUCAUGUGUUGGUGAAAUUUCUUUCUGGCACUAAUCCUCAUGGAACAAAUCAACACAGUCCACAGGUUGGGCCAACAGCAACACAAGCUAUGCAAGAGUUUCUUACUCGAUUACAAGUGCACCUUUCUUCAACUUGUCCUCAGAUGUUCAGUGAAUUUUUAUUGAAAUUAAUACAUAUACUUUCAACAGAAAGGGGUGCUUUCCAGACAGGCCAGGGACCACUGGAUGCUCAAGUGAAACUCUUGGAAUUCACCCUGGAACAGAAUUUUGAAGUUGUAUCAGUUAGCACUAUUUCUGCAGUAAUUGAGUCCAUAACCUUUCUUGUGCAUCAUUACAUUACAUGUUCAGACAAAGUAAUGUCUCGCAGUGGCUCAGACAGCUCUGUGGGUGCUAGAGCAUGUUUUGGAGGACUUUUUGCCAAUAUUAUCCGUCCAGGUGAUGCCAAAGCAGUUUGUGGAGAAAUGACAAGGGAUCAACUCAUGUUUGAUUUAUUAAAGCUGAUAAACAUUUUAGUUCAACUGCCACUUUCCAGUAACCGAGAAUACAGUGCCCGUGUUCCAGUGGCAAGCAGUACUACAGACAGUGUGUCUGAUGAGGAAAAGGUUUCAGGAGGCAAAGAUGGCAAUGGAAGCAACCCUAAUACUCAAGGAUCAACUGCAUAUGUGGCCGACUUGGUGUUGGCCAACCAACAAAUUAUGAGCCAGAUUUUGUCUGCACUUGGCCAGUGUAACAGCAGCGCCAUGGCAAUGAUUAUUGGUGCAAGUGGCUUACAUCUGACUAAGCAUGAGAACUUCCAUGGUGGCUUAGAUGCAAUAUCAGUUGGAGAUGGGUUGUUCACUAUCCUGACAACACUUAGUAAGAAAGCAACAACAGUUCAAGUGAUGCUUCAGCCUAUUCUUACCUACAUGGCCUGUGGGUACAUGGGAAGGCAGGGUUCUCUUGCCACAUGCCAGUUAUCUGAGCCACUUCUCUGGUUCAUUUUACGAGUGUUGGAUACAAGUGAGGCACUGAAGGCUUUCCAUGAUAUGGGUGGUGUUCAACUUAUCUGUAACAACAUGGUAACAAGCACAAGAGCUAUUGUUAACACAGCAAGAAGCAUGGUUUCAACUAUUAUGAAAUUCCUGGAUUCUGGUCCCACCAAAGCAACAGAUAGCAGUUUGAAAGCCAGAGUGCUCGCUUCUGAGCCUGAUAAUGCAGAAGGAAUUCACAAUUUUGCGCCUUUGGGUUCAAUCACCUCAAGCAGCCCCACUGCCCAGCCUGCUGAGGUGCUGCUGCAGGCUACUCCUCCCCACAGACGAGCUCGGUCUGCUGCAUGGUCAUACAUAUUUUUACCUGAGGAAGCUUGGUGUGACCUCACGAUUCACCUUCCUGCAGCUGUGCUGCUCAAGGAGAUCCACAUCCAGCCUCACCUGGCCUCUCUGGCAACUUGCCCUUCAUCAGUGUCUGUUGAAAUAAGUGCAGAUGGUGUCAAUAUGUUACCUUUGUCAACUCCUGUUAUCACGAGUGGUCUCACCUAUAUAAAAAUCCAGCUUGUAAAAGCUGAAGUUGCCUCAGCUGUCUGCCUUCGUCUCCAUCGUCCUCGGGAUGCCAGUACCUUGGGCCUCUCUCAGAUCAAACUGUUAGGCCUCACUGCCUUUGGAAACACCUCUUCUGCCACUGUCAAUAACCCCUUCCUUCCCUCUGAGGACCAGGUCUCCAAAACCAGUAUUGGAUGGUUAAGAUUAUUACACCACUGCCUCACUCACAUAAGUGAUUUGGAAGGAAUGAUGGCUAGUGCUGCAGCACCCACUGCUAAUCUAUUGCAGACAUGUGCUGCUUUACUAAUGUCCCCUUACUGUGGGAUGCAUUCCCCAAACAUUGAGGCAGUGCUUGUGAAAAUUGGGCUUCAGUCCACCAGAAUUGGCCUAAAAUUGAUUGACAUUCUUCUAAGAAAUUGCUCAGCAUCGGGGAGUGAUCCUGCAGAUCUGAAUAGCCCUUUACUGUUUGGAAGAUUAAAUGGUCUCUCUUCUGACUCCACAAUAGACAUUCUUUAUCAGCUUGGAACAACUCAAGACCCUGGAACAAAAGAUAGAAUUCAAGCAUUGCUGAAAUGGGUCAGUGAUUCUGCAAGAGUUGCAGCUAUGAAAAAAAGUGGCCGGGUCAGCUACAUUUGUCCCAAUAGCUCAACCAGAGAGUAUGGGCUUUUGAUGCCAUCUCCUUCCCACUUGCACUGUGUAGCAGCAAUUUUGUGGCAUAGUUACGAAUUGCUUGUUGAAUACAAUUUGCCAGCAUUGCUGGACAGGGAGCUCUUUGAGUCCCUGUUUAACUGGUCUAUGUCUCUUCCCUGCAACAUGGUUUUGAAGAAAGCUGUUGAUAGUCUGCUUUGUUCCAUGUGCCACAUCCACCCAAAUUAUUUUUCCUUGCUGAUGGGAUGGAUGGGUAUCACUCCUCCUCCAAUGCAGUGUCAGCACAGACUGUCUAUGACCGAUGACAGCAAAAAGCAGGACCUUAGUUCAUCUUUGACAGAUGACUCUAAAAAUGCACAAGCCCCUCUUGCACUUACAGAGUCCCACCUGGCUACUCUUGCUGCCUCAUCUCAGUCUCCUGAAGCUAUUAAGCAGUUACUGGACUCAGGUUUGCCUUCACUGCUUGUAAGAAGUCUUGCUAGUUUUUGCUUUAACCAUACUUCUAGCUCUGACUGCACUGCACAAUCAAUGGAUAUCACCCAGGACAGGCUCAGGAGGCACCAUGUUCCACAGCACUUUAAUAAAAUGCCCAUCACGGCAGACCUGGUUGCUCCUGUUCUCAGGUUUCUGACAGAAGUUGGCAACAGCCACAUGAUGAAGGAUUGGUUGGGUGGCUCUGAAGUCAAUCCAUUGUGGACAGCACUUUUAUUCCUGUUGUGCCAUUCUGGUGCUACCUCUGGAGGACACAAUAUGACAGCACAACAGACCAGUGCAAGAUCCAGCUUGCUUUCUUCAACUGUAACCACAGGAUUGACCACUCAGCAGCGGACAGCAAUUGAAAAUGCAACAGUUGCUUUCUUCCUACAGUGCAUCUCUUGCCAUCCUAAUAACCAGAGACUUAUGGCACAGGUUCUCUGUGAAUUGUUCCAGUCCUCUCCUCAGCGUGGGAACCUCCCAACCUCUGGAAAUAUUUCAGGAUUUAUUAGGAGGCUUUUUUUGCAGCUGAUGCUAGAGGAUGAGAAAGUGACUUUGUUUCUUCAGUCACCUUGUCCACUGUACAAAGGUAGAAUUAAUGCUACUAGUCAUGUAAUUCAACAUCCAAUGUAUGGAGCUGGACACAAAUUUCGUACUCUUCACUUGCCUGUCUCAACAACUCUAGCAGAAGUUCUUGAUCGUGUGUCAGAUACACCCAGUAUUACAGCUAAGCUAAUUAAUGAACAGAAGGAGGAUAAAGAAAAAAAGAACUAUGAAGAGAAAGAAAAAGUUAAAGCAGAAAAUGGAUUUCAGGACAAUUACAGCGUUGUUGUUGCUUCUGGUUUGAAAUCUCAGUCAAAAAGAGCUGUUUCAUCUACUCCUCCACGUCCACCAUCAAGGCGAGGAAGAGUGAUGUCAGAUAAAGUUGGUACUUCUUCCUCAGGAGGAGAAUCUUCCAGCAAGACCAUUAGUGUUCCAGUCUUUCAUCUAUACCAUAAACUACUACCAGGUCAGCCAUUACCAGCUGAAAUGACACUUGCCCAGCUCCUGACUCUGCUGUAUGACCGCAAACUCCCUCAAGGAUACCGAUCAAUCGAUUUGACAGUUAAACUUGGUUCCAAAGUAAUCUCAGAUCCAAGCUUAUCAAAAACAGACUCAUUUAAACGUCUUCACACAGAAAAAGAGCAUGCAGAUUUACUGGGACCUUGCCCUGAAGAUGAAGCCAUCAGUCCUGGGGAUGAGUGUAUGGAUGCGGUCCUAGAUGAAUCACUUCUUGAAACCUGUCCCAUUCAAUCUCCACUGCAAGUAUUUGCAGGCAUGGGUGGAUUGGCUCUUAUUGCAGAGAGACUCCCUAUGCUUUAUCCUGACGUAAUUCAACAAGUGAGCACUCCAGUGGUUACAUCGGCCACACAGGAAAAACAGAAGGACAGCGAUCAGUUUGAAUGGGUUACCAUUGAACAAUCAGGGGAAUUGGUGUAUGAAGCACCAGAAACAAUUGCUGCAGAACCUCCACCGAUCAAAUCAACAGUCCAGACUAUGUCUCCCAUACCUGCACAUUCUUUGGCUGCCUUUGGUUUAUUUCUCCGUCUCCCGGGCUAUGCUGAGGUGCUGCUAAAAGAACGGAAACAUGCUCAGUGUCUGUUGAGAUUGGUGUUGGGAGUUACAGAUGAUGGUGAAGGAAGUCAUAUCCUGCAGUCUCCUUCAGCAAACGUGCUCCCAACUCUGCCCUUCCACGUGUUGCGCAGUUUGUUCAGCACGACCCCGCUGACGACUGACGAUGGAGUGCUGCUGAGGCGGAUGGCGCUGGAGAUCGGGGCCAUCCAUCUUAUCCUGGCUUGUCUGUCUGCCCUGAGCCACCACGCACCAAGAGUGCCCAACUCAAGUCCCAACCAGGCAGAGCCACAGGUGUCAAGUACACACAAUACUGCAUCAACAGAAGAGCAGCAGUUGUACUGGGCUAAGGGUACAGGCUUUGGAACAGGCUCUACAGCUUCAGGAUGGGAUGUUGAACAAGCUUUGACUAAGCAAAGACUAGAAGAAGAGCAUGUGACUUGCCUUCUACAGGUUCUUGCCAGUUACAUAAAUCCUGCAGGGAGCACAUCAAAUGAAGAGUCUCAAACAAGCCACGAGGGGAGAGGCCAAAACAGCAGCGCUCUUCCAUCUGUUCUCCUAGAGCUGCUCAGUCAGUCUUGUCUCAUCCCAGCAAUGUCAUCGUACCUCCGCAACGACUCAGUUUUGGACAUGGCUCGACACGUUCCCCUGUACCGAGCUCUGCUAGAAUUGCUCCGUGCUAUUGCCUCUUGCACAUCGAUGGUGCCGUUACUGCUUCCUCUGUCAGGAGAAAGCAGCGAAGAGGAGGAAGAGCAGCUGGAGUCACAAGCUUCUGUUGGGACCUUGUUGGCUAAAAUGAAGACCUGUGUAGAUACCUACACCAACCGACUGAGGUCUAAAAAAGACAAAGCUAAAGCGGGAGUAAAACCGGAUACUUCUGAUCAAGAGCCAGAGGGACUGACCCUCCUGGUGCCAGACAUCCAAAAGACUGCAGAGAUCGUUUAUGCCGCGACCACCAGUCUGCGCCAAGCAAACCAAGAAAAGAAGAUGGCUGAGUAUUCCAAGAAGGCUGCUGUGAAGCCCAAGCCUUUGUCUGUUUUAAGAUCCCUUGAAGAGAAGUAUGUGGCUGUCAUGAAAAAACUCCAGUUUGAUACAUUUGAAAUGGUUUCCGAAGAUGAUGACGGCAAAUUGGUUUUCAAAGUAAAUUACCACUACAUGUCUCAGGUAAAAAACGCGAGCGACGCCAACAGCGCUGCCAGGGCCCGACGUCUGGCUCAGGAAGCCGUGACUCUUUCGACCUCACUGCCUCUCUCGUCUUCGUCCAGCGUGUUCGUGCGCUGUGAUGAGGAGCGGCUCGACAUAAUGAAGGUUCUCAUUACUGGUCCAGCAGACACCCCGUACGCAAAUGGCUGCUUUGAGUUUGAUGUGUAUUUCCCACAAGACUAUCCGAAUUCCCCUCCACUUGUGAAUCUGGAAACAACUGGAGGCCACAGCGUGAGAUUUAAUCCAAACCUCUACAAUGAUGGCAAGGUGUGCUUAAGCAUACUUAAUACAUGGCAUGGGAGGCCAGAAGAGAAAUGGAAUCCCCAAACAUCAAGUUUUUUGCAGGUGUUAGUGUCUGUCCAGUCCCUAAUACUGGUGGCAGAACCAUACUUCAAUGAACCGGGUUACGAACGAUCGCGAGGUACUCCGAGUGGUACCCAGAGCUCCAGAGAAUAUGAUGGAAAUAUCCGACAGGCAACAGUCAAGUGGGCAAUGCUUGAACAAAUGAGAAAUCCAUCACCAUGUUUUAAGGAGGUCAUCCACAAACACUUCUUCUUGAAAAGAGUGGAGAUCAUGGCUCAGUGUGAGGAGUGGAUAGCAGACAUACAGCAGUACAGCAGUGACAAACGGGUGGGCAGGACCAUGUCCCACCAUGCAGCAGCUCUGAAGCGUCACACAGCUCAGCUGCGGGAAGAACUUCUAAAGCUUCCCUGUCCUGAAGGGUUGGAUCCAGACACCGAUGACUCUCCAGAAAAAUGCAGUGCCACAACAAGCUCAGAAGAGACCAUGUUGCACGACCAGGUUAAACCCAGCAGCAGUAAAGAUGUCCCCACUGAUUUCAAGUCAUGAGUUGCAUUGACAUGGACUUUGUAGACACAACGGCUUUGAAGCACAAGCCAAAUAUGUCAAUAUUUGUAUGUAAGAAGUUAAUUAUGUAAUAGGUAAUGAAAUUGAAACUAUACUAUGCCCUUAAGGAUAUACAGUUUAAUUAAAAAUGAUCUUUUAUUUACCUGUACAAGAGUGUAAACUUUUUUGUGCUUUUAUUUUUCAAUUGUGAGAACCACUGAUUGGUAUGUUUAAAAAGUUAUGUAUACAAAAAAAAUGGAUAAAUCACUGAUAUAUAAGGGAAACUACCUUAGGAAAGAAUGUUUACUGAAUGUUUAUUAUUUUUUUUUUUACUUGUAGAGUGAGGGCGGUUGUAACAAAGAAUAUAUAUUGGUCAUUCUUACAGCUACUAUUUAAAGUCAGAAAAUUUUCACUGAAUUUGAUAGAUUUUACGUUUGGCCAUAUAUUCAUGCUCAUAUUUGAUUCUAAAGAAAACCUCCUGUAUACUUCAAUAAACGUUAAAUGGACAUGAUCCCUCUUUUAUGAUUUACUGGUACAUUUUUUAAAUAAACUGCCAUAAAAUAUGUUCUAGCUGAAGACUUGCACUUGUAUGACUGAAUUCAUUACAGUCAACAUACUUAAUUUUAUGCUUACUAAAUCUAAAAUGCAGAUGAAAUAAAUGCACAUGGUUUUACCUCAUGCCAAAUUUGGACUUCUGAAUUAGUUGGGUUUUUUUGGCUAUUUUAUGCAAACUAACAGUAUUCUAAAUUUUUUAAGGGCUAUUCUGGAACAAAGUCUUUACUGUAUUGAAAUGUCUGAUUUUUACAUACUCAGCUGUACUCUUACGUACUGACACACCACACAGACGCCCAUGUCCUGUUAGUUCCUGCUGUGUAGACUUACUUCCAGUUUUAUACUUGCAGCCACAGAUCCCUAACUAAAAGGGUAAGCAGUUUACUUGAUUUAAUAAUCAAGUCUCACUUUUAACAUAACAUGAAUUGCUAUCAUUGUUACUAAUUUUUGAGCAGUCCUUGAAGGACUAAAAAGUUAAUACUGGUAUUACCUCAGACUAACGAUCUGUGUGUAUGAUAAAUACUAUAAAUCAGGCAAAACCAGACAUUUUUUUGUUUUCUAUUUGUUCUUUGUUUAUAAGUAUCACGCUGGAAUUUUUUCACUUUUUGUUUUACAAUGUAUUAUUUCUAAUCAUUAAAAAUGGCACCAACUGAGGUUGUGUUCUUAUGCUGAUGGUUAACGGUUAGUUCUGAUACUGAAGAGCAGUUUUUGCGUUCUCCUGAUGUGUUGUGUUAAUCCAAGGCCUGUUCUGAUUGUACAUACCUCUCAAAAUACCAGCUUGGCUACAUCUGUGGAACUUCAGGGGUCCUUAGUCAAAGAGCAAAACAAGCAGCCCUGUGGCAGAACUGCUGGUAAAUACAUGAAACAAAGAGCUUAUGCCACAUAGUCCAAGUGUUAACAACUUCAUCAGGGUUAAGACAACCCUGCAUUUUUCCCAAUGGGUAUUUACUUACCUUCUAUUACUGUGCAAAAUGACUGUGAUACUCCUGUAAAGGCUCCAAAAGGAGAAUUACCCACUGACUUCCAAUUAUAUUUGUUAGGAGUUUCCAUUAGAGUUCUUCAUUUACUGCUUAAACUGUCUGCCUACAGCCACAGUCUUUUUAUAAAAUCCUGGUACUUGUACCAAAAUCAAAUGUGUUGAACCCAAACAUCCUUUAAACGUGAAGACUUUUUCUUUACCAUUAGAACAUAAGACUGAAACAAAAAGUACCCAUCUUGCAUUGAUUUGACAUGAGGAAGGUGGUUUAACAUGAUUGUACCUUUAUCUCCGGUGUGUAUUUAUGGUUUCAUAGCAAUGCUAAUGUGAAGUCGCUGCUGCUUAAUUAAGCAGAUGUAAACAGCUGCAUGGGAUAUUAAACUCUAAUUUGCAUCUA